UGUAAUUAUUGCAACAUCAUGGAUGGAGAUGUGAUAUUCCAUUGCCAACCCAACUACCCGAGAAAACUCUCUGGGCCGCUUCCACCGUACUAAAAUCCACUGUUGCCUCCAAAUCUACUGGCAUAAAUCAGCACCGUCCAUCUCUUCGAUUCCAUAGAGUUGUUUAGCUGUGAUGGAAUGGAAGUGGCUUUUGUAUACUCUUUGGAAUGUAAUUUAUUUACUUACAAAAGAUUUUGUUACUCUGGUGAAAGCCUGAAGCUAAAAAACCACUCUCUUAGAAGGGUAAUUCAGCCUGAAUUUUCAAAUCCUGUUGGUGAGAGUACACUUCUAUGGCGAAAGUGAACUCAAAUCCUAGUAAAGCAGAAAACACUGCUAAAUUAUCUAAUCAAAAGAAACGAAAGAGGUACCAACCUGGUUCUCUUAGACGGUCCGACCGGAUUAUGAACUUGCCUUCCGGCAACCAGGAAAUACAACCUGUGGUUGAAGCGAUAACUGUAAUCGAAAGUGAUAACGAAGAUGAGGAACAUACUAGUGUGGGAGAUGAAGUACCUGAACUUAACAAUGCUAAUGUAGAGGAAGAACAACCAGAGCCAGCCUUAAACAAUAAGAGUGUGGAAGAAAAAAUUGACUAUAUUGCACAGCUAUUGGAAUCCCAACAAAAUGUUAAAGUUAAGGAGGAGUGCUUCCCAAGUGCCAGCCCAAAUAUGACAUACAAAAGCUUGUAUGUAGAUGCUCAAAAUAAGAUUAAGGCUUUGACAAAUGAGAACCAUGAGCUUUCUCUGAAGUUGGAAGUUGCUCUUGCAAAACUUGAAGUGUAUGAGAAAGGAAGUUCUGUUUUUUCUGAACUGAUGGAGAAGAUGAAGGAUGUUAUCGUUAUGUCAAGUUUGAUGAAAGCUACUGAAACAGCAGUCAACAUAUCAUCUGAAGCAAUACGCAAGGCUCUUUCUGCUCAGGGUGUUGUUCGAAAACCUGAAACUUCGGCUAAGAAAAAUAAGAAGAAAUGACGGAACCGAAGUUCAUCUGAUUGUCUACUUAUUGUAAAAGUGUACCAUGUAAUAUCUUCAAUGUUAGAAUGUGUUCUUUUAGUUAUAACCUAGGCUUUUUUAGUUCUCUUUUCAUAAUCACUAAGUUUGCAUGAUCAAGAUGAUGUACCAUUAUUGCUUCUUGUUACCAGGAAGCGACUCUUGAUCCAAAUCAUAUUCAUAUCAGUUUGCACCAUGAAAAUUUGGGGUAUUUUGCUACUUCAUUAUAACAGUUUGCGGCAAUCAGAUUUGCAUUUUCA